AUGCACUCACAGGUUGUUCAGGUUUGUGAGCUUGACGAGGGACUCAGGAAUGGUGCCGGUCAAGUUGUUGAAGCCAAGUUGUCUGUCUCACAUGCAAUGGAUGGUGGUAGGAAAAGGACGGAAGGCGUGCAUAUGGAAUCAUCUAUGCAGGAGCAAUCUACUUUUGAGGCGCCUCAAAAGGAGCCAGCCACCUAUGCAGAAGCCAUCUAUGCAGGAGCCAUCUAUGCAGGAGCCAUCUAUGCAGGAGCCAUCUAUGCAGGAGCCAUCUAUGCAGGAGCCAUUUAUGCAGGAGCCAUCUAUGCAGGAGCCAUUUAUCCAGGAGCCAUCUAUGCAGGAGCCAUUUAUGCAGGAGCCAUCUAUGCAGGAGCCAUUUAUGCAGGAGCCAUCUAUGCAGGAGCCAUUUCUGCAGGAGCCAUCUACGCAGGAGCCAUUUAUGCAGGAGCCAUUUAUGCAGGAGCCAUUUCUGCAGGAGCCAUCUAUGCAGGAGCCAUUUAUGCAGGAGCCAUCUAG